CUUUAUACAAAAUUUUAAUACAAAAUUAUUUCUGAGUGAUAUACAAUCAAAAAUAUAUACUAAAAAUGACAACAAAAAAGCUGAUUUCUACUCCAUUUGCUCCCGGUCCAGUAAAUAAUGCUCCUUAUAGCCAGGCCAUUUUGAUUGAUUCAAAAACGUUAUACGUGUCGGGAACCCUUGGACUUUCGGUUAAGACCGGAAAGUUGGUGGAAGGAGGAUUUGACAAUGAGAUGCAACAAGCGAUGAAAAAUUUGGAGGCCAUACUAAGAGCUGGCAAUUCGUCUUUCGAUAAGUUGAUUAAGGUGAACAUAUUUUUAGAAGACAUGAAUGACUUUUUUAAGAUGAACGAAAUUUACAGAACGUAUGUCAAGAAAAAUUUUCCUGCUCGAUGUGUUGUGCAAGCUGCCAGACUGCCCGUAAAUGCCAAAGUUGAAAUUGAAGCCAUAGCGAUCUCGGGAGAUUUAGCUCCGUCUGAAUGUACAUGUUGAACGUGCAACUAUUAUUUGCUUAUUUAUUUGAAUUAUAUUUCUUACU